AUGCCUCAGCACCUGAUACGGAGUGUGGAUCUGGAGCAAAGCAGGGGCGCCCUCCCGGGCCGGCAGGGACGGGGGCGCCUGUGCGCGCUGGGGAAUCCGCCGUCCCUCAGGGGCGCCUUGUCGGUUAACUCGCCUCUCUUCCCGGGUAGCGGCCGGAGUUUGGUGAGCCUAUCCCUGCGGUGCCGAUGCUUCCACGCUGCGGUGGCGCUCCUGAAGAGAAAGACUGGAGCAGAUCACCAGUGGCUGGAGCGGCAUUUGAGGGACCCCUUUGUCAAGGCAACGAAGCAGCAGAAUUACCGCUGCCGAAGUGCCUUCAAAUUACUGGAGAUAGAUGACAAGCUUCACAUCCUCCGUCCAGGACUUUCUGUGCUUGACUGUGGAGCGGCGCCUGGCGCUUGGAGUCAGGUUGCUGUAGAGAGGGUCAAUGCCUUGGGUACUGAUCCUACUGUCCCUACUGGUUUUGUCCUUGGAAUUGACCUUCUGCGUAUUUCCCCACUGGACGGAGCAGUCUUCCUGUCAGAGACUGAUAUUACAGACCCAAGCACGCUUAGGACAAUUCACAGUCUGCUUCCUGCAGAGAAGGUGGAUGUUAUCUUGAGUGAUAUGGCACCUAAUGCAACAGGCAUCAAAGAACUGGACCAUCAAAAGUUGAUCAGCUUAUGUUUAGGCCUUCUGAAUCUGUCGCAAAGCCUUUUAAAGCCAAAAGGAACUCUGCUCUGUAAAUUCUGGGAUGGACAGGACUCCCGCCUUCUUCAAGGCAGACUGAAGGAGCAGUUUCAAGACGUGAGAACUGUAAAGCCUCAGGCUAGCCGGAAGGACUCUGCUGAAUCUUAUUACUUGGCAAGACUGUACAAAGGGAAAUGAAAGCUGAGAAUUGCAGAUUAUCGAACUGGUGAUCAGACACUGAUUGGAAAUCUUUACUUGGCAGGUAUUUAAAAAAAAAAAAAAAAAGGCA